AUGAACAUGAAUUUCUCCUACCCUUUUGCAGAUUAGAUUAUUACAUGAACAGUUAGCUUGUAUCGAAAUUUGCUAACGAACGUUCGUUGUGUCGAAAUUUUCUAUCGUGUGUCAUCCAACGACGAUGUCAAUGAAGAUGAAGGGACUUCUCAAAGGUCUUAGAUACAUUUCAACAAUAUUUGAUGAGGAACAAGAGACAGAAAUGCAAAUUGGGUUUCCUACUGAUGUAAAGCAUGUUGCUCAUAUUGGUUGGGAUGGUCCAACUGCGAAUUCGCCGAGCUGGAUUAAUCAAUUCAAAGACGGAGAAGGAGGAGGAGGUGGAGGAGGAGCUUUGAAUGUUGAUCAACAAAAUGGACCUAGAACACGGGGUCUGGUCCAAGAAAAACGGUUCUCUACAAGUUCGGACUCACCCAUUGAGUCUCCCUCUCGAAAGAAGUCCGACAAGCCUAGGGGAUCGAGGCGUGCUAACUCGACUCCCUCUGCUGUCGAAUCCCCUAGAAGGUCAUUAACAAAGCAGCAGCCGCAGCAACAACAGCAGCAGAGCCUCCGAACAGCAGAAGGUGAGUCAACCUCAGUGAGCCAAAAAACCUCCUCACGCCGGAAAAAGACCAAGACCAGCUCAUCUCGAUCAUCAACCAAGUCCAAGUCCACAGCCCCACCAGUCGUCGAGUUUUCACACUUCUCGGAUCCUGGUGUAGGAGGAGGAAACAGCAGCAGAAAUACUGCAGGAGUCAGUGCAGAUCAUACACCACCACGUCGAUCGAAAGGCAAAGAUACAUGCCAAGGUUCACUUAUAAAAGCAUCAGAGCAAGAAGAUCAGAAAGCAUUGGAUGAUAUUUCUAGAGGAAUUCAUGCAAUAUAAAAAUAGUCUCAUCAUCGUGUGUAAUGUAUAUUUUUCUGUACACAUUUUAUCUUUUUACCUCCCCUUUUUUGGCAAACUUUGGUUUAGAAUCUCUUCUAUUCCUUGCAAGUUGCAACAGAUUGAUAGUUGUAUUCUUUGAUUGGAAGUAAAUAGAACAAAAAUCU